CUAAUUCACCUUAAGGAAUCUCAAAACCAGCCACAAGGGAAAGAUCUGUGAAUUUUUGUAAUGGAAAGCGGUAGCCUCUAGGGCCCAGAGGAUAUGCAGAGAGGCAUUUUCUCUUGCUGGUGCAGCUGAGAGCGAGCGAGCGAGCGAGCGAGAGCGAGACCUGGAAAUGAAAGUAAAGAGAUCAGGAGGCACAUGGAGGGAGCUGCAGGGGCAGCCGAUCCAGAAGCAGAAUGCUGCCUUCUGUAAUUAAAUAGCACUUACUAUUAUUAUUACUUCUAGUAAUAAUACAUUAAUAAUAUCUCUAGUAAUACAAUACCAUUUAUCAAGGAAAGUUUACACAUAGUGUGGGGGGGAAAACCCGAGAAGAGCAAGUAUAAUGGAGAGACAGAAGAGAAAACAAGAAAUAGAGAAAGGACUUCAGUUCAUUCAGUCCACAUUACCCCUAAGUCAAGAAGAUUAUGAGGCCUUUUUGCAGAAGCUUGUGAGAAACUUGUUUGCAGAGGGCAAUGAUUUGUUUCGAGAGAAGGAUUUCAAGCUUUCACUGGUACAAUAUGUAGAAGGGCUGAAUGUGGCAGAUUAUGCAGCCUCUGAUGAGGUGACCAUCCCAAAGGAACUUCUCUGCAAGCUACAUGUCAACCGAGCUGCCUGCUACUUUGCCAUGGGAUUGUAUGAGAAGGCACUGGAAGACAGUGAGAAGGCUUUAAGUCUUGACAAGGAGAACAUACGAGCGCUAUUCCGGAAAGCCCGCUCCUUAAAUGAGCUUGGAAGACACAAAGAAGCGUAUGAGUGCAAUAGCCGAUGCUUGCUGUCCCUCCCACAUGAUGAAAGCGUCACACAACUGGGACAGGAACUUGCCCAGAAGCUGGGACUGAGGGUUCGAAAAGCAUACAAAAGACCUCAGCAGGAAUUGGAAACAUUCUCACUACUCAGUAAUGGCACAUCAAUCAAUUUAUCAAACCAGACUACUUCCAAUGGAUUGGGUUCGAUAGAUGACAUCGAAACAGACUGCGCUAUGGACCUGCAGUGCCUCCCGACUCCUGUGGCCGCCUCCAUCCCUGUGAAUGAUGGGCUGGCCCCUUUGCCCUCUGACGCAGAUGCAAAGGGCUUGCCUACCUCGCUCCCUGCUGCCAGCUUGCUCCCAUCUCCAGACUGUGUACCUUUGCCAGUGCCUGAGAGCGUGGAGGACUUCACAGAUGGGGACAUCAUUGGGGAAGAACUGGACUCCCUCCUGGACUCCCUUGCUGAAGGGUCACCAUACCCUCUAUCUCUGGUCCAGGGCACCAUUCCUGCCAAUCUGCCAACCGAGAUGCCCCAGUUGAUUCCUGUGUUUCCGGGGGGAACUCCGCUGCUGCCUCCAGUCGUGACAGCCAGCAUCCCUGUCUCCACCCCUCUGCCACCCGCCUCCUUUGGCCUGGUGAUGGAUCCCACCAAGCAGCUCUCCUCCUCCUCUGUCCUGGAUGCCUUCGAGGCCCCACCAGGAGGAAGUGGCGGCUCUACUUUAGAUUCGCUGGAUUCCCUGGAUCUGCUUCCCUACACAGACACACGGCUCGAUGCCCUGGACUCCUUUGGGACAAGCAGAGGGUCUCUGGAUGCCUUGGAUUCCUUUGCCAUUGAAGAAACUAGCUCUCAGGAACUGCGACACCCACCUGGCAGCCAAAAACCAUCCCCCGUGGUCAGCCUUGGUGGAGUGAGUCAUCCAGCUGUGCCCAAGGUCACCGAGCACCUGCUGUCCCAGCCAGAACCAGUAAUGCCCAACACAGCCCUGCUAGUGAAGAACCCACUGGCAGCUACUCACGUCUUCAAGCAAGCCUGUCAUAUCUGCUACCCCAAAACAGGGCCCAAGGCUGGUGAUUACACCUAUCGGGAAGGCUUGGAGCACAAGUGCAAGCGGGACAUCCUGCUGGGCAGGCUGAAGAACUCGGAAGAUAAGAUCUGGAAGAGGAUCCGUCCUCGCCCAACAAAAACCAACUUUGUAGGAUCCUAUUACCUGUGCAAAGAUAUGCUUAACAAGCAGGACUGUAAGUACGGGGAUAACUGCACCUUCGCGUACCACCAGGAAGAGAUCGACGUGUGGACGGAGGAGAGGAAGGGGACCCUCAACCGUGACCUCCUCUUUGACCCGCUAGGUGGGAUCAAGCAGAGCAACCUCACAAUUGCCAAGCUCCUCAAGGAACAUCAGGGCAUCUUCACCUUCCUCUGUGAGAUUUGCUUUGACAGCAAACCCCGGAUUAUCAGCAAAGGGACCAAGGACACACCAUCUGUCUGCUCCAACCUUUCUGCCAAGCACAGUUUCCAUGACAACAAGUGUCUGGUCCACAUUGUGCGUUCCACCUCCCUGAAAUAUUCCAAAAUCCGUCAGUUCCAAGAGCACUUCCAGUUUGACGUGUGCCGACAUGAGGUGCGUUAUGGCUGCCUUCGUGAGGACAGCUGCCACUUUGCUCACAGUUUCAUUGAGCUCAAGGUCUGGCUGCUGCAGCAAUAUUCAGGAAUGACCCAUGAAGAUAUCGUGCAGGAAUCUAAAAAGUACUGGCAGCAGAUGGAGGCACAUGCCAGCAAACCAGCCAACAGCAUGGCUUCUCCUCGGACUCCCACGUCAAGCACCUUUGACCUCCAGAUGAAAUUUGUGUGUGGCCAGUGCUGGAGGAAUGGGCAGCUGGUGGAGCCAGAUAAAGACCUCAAGUACUGUAGUGCCAAAGCCCGCCACUGCUGGACAAAGGAACGCCGUGUCCUGCUGGUGAUGUCCAAAGCAAAGAAGAAGUGGGUGUCAGUCCGACCACUGCCUCCCACCCGCAACUUCCCACAGCAAUAUGAUUUGUGUAUCCAUGCACAGAAUGGCAGGAAAUGCCAGUAUGUGGGCAACUGCUCCUUUGCCCACAGCCCUGAGGAGAGAGACAUGUGGACCUUCAUGAAAGAAAAUAAAAUACUAGAUAUGCAGCAGACCUAUGACAUGUGGCUAAAGAAACACAAUCCUGGGAAGCCUGGAGAGGGAACACCACUCACCUCGCGAGAAGGGGAGAAGCAGAUCCAGAUGCCCACCGACUAUGCUGACAUCAUGAUGGGCUACCACUGCUGGCUCUGCGGGAAGAACAGCAACAGCAAGAAGCAAUGGCAGCAGCACAUCCAGUCGGAAAAGCACAAGGAAAAGGUCUUCACCUCAGACAGUGACUCCAGCUGCUGGACCUACCGCUUCCCCAUGGGCGAAUUCCGGCUCUGCGAAAGGUUCCAGAAGAACAAGGCCUGUCCUGAGGGAGAGGAGUGUCGCUAUGCCCAUGGCCAGGACGAACUGACGGAGUGGCUGGACCGGAGGGAAGUGCUGAAACAGAAACUGGCCAAAGCCCGCAAGGACAUGCUGCUCUGCCCCAGGGAUGACGACUUUGGGAAAUACAACUUCCUAUUGCGGGAUGGUGUAUAGUAAGGACAGGGGGGAGCCUGUCAGCUGCAGAAAUACGGAGUGGGUUUUCCGAGUGGCAGUAGCAGGGAGAGCGAGAUCAGUGUCUUGCAAAGAGAACUUUUUCUUUUCUUUUGUUUUAAGAUUAUGAGACGAUGAUUUAUUAGUGAUGAAUGAAUUUGUGAAUUUGAUUCUCCUUGGCCAGCAAACGCCAUGCUCACCGAGUUUGUGAUCCAUCUUUUCUCCUUUCUUUCCCCCAAAUUCUCCCUCCACUCCAUCUUUUUGUUUUCACUGUCCAAAGGAAUUAAUUCAGUUUGUACUGGGCUGCAAACCAGAGCAUUUCUCCUUGUGUCACUGCUCUGUCCUUCAGAGUACAACUGCGCAGGUCUGGAGGACAGAGCUGAGAGAAAGGGCCAGAGAAGUUGUGGAUGCCCCAUCCCCCGAAGUGUUCAAGGCGAGGUUGGAUAGAGCUCUGAGCAACAUGGUCUAGUGGAAGGUGUCCUUGGACAGGGGGAUUGGAACUAAGUGGUCUUUAAGGUCCCUUCCAACCCAGGCCAUUCUAUGAUUCUAUGAUUUUAUGAUAUCUGGUGGCAAGAUGACCAUGAAUUUCAUGUGCUCCUUUUUUCAGUGCUGCAGAGCAAACCCCACUCAUCCUGCUGCAGCCUUCCUGCUCUCCCGGGAGUUCAGUACCAGAAGAAUUAGGAAUUUAGGUGCAAAGAAGGAAAACCACUAGAUCUGGCUUUAAAACAUCUAGGCUUAAACUCCUGCUGUCUAUAUUGCCCUGUGGCAUAAACUGGUGUUGAGGAAGAUAACAGCCUGUGGUGUAGCAGUGCGGGUAAAAGCAGCAAAGUAAUGAAACUGCUUGCAGCAGUGGGAACUGUGUUGUAGGUGACUUCAGACUGUUCCAGCUGACUGUAUCCAGAAAGGAAAUUGGUGACUCUUCAUUAGAUGUCUUUCUCACUGUGUGGCAAGUAUUCAGGGUAAAUAAUUUUGGUUUUGUUUUUUGGCUGA